AUAGUUCCUUUCUGUAUUGUGCUGAGAGUAUCCCAGGGAUUGGUAGGGGAACAGACCAGCCAGGCUUCACUGUGGAUGUUGAAGAAGGGAGUUCCUCAACCCUCACAUCUUCACUUGCUCGCUCUGGAAUUACAGCUAUUUAUUACAAAGCACUCUGUGUAGCUUAGUGGAGUGUGUGUGAGGAAACACAUCCCGGACACCGCUGGGGGUUAGUCUUUCUGAGCUCUUCAUCUCUCUGACCAAUUCUCAUCAUCAUCAUGGAGCCCAACAGUCCCAAAAAGAUACAGUUUGCUGUGCCUUUAUUCCAGAGUCAGAUUGCACCUGAAGCAGCAGAGCAGAUCAGGAAAAGAAGACCUACACCAGCGUCCCUUGUGAUUCUCAAUGAACAAAACCCCCCAGAAAUAGAUGACAAGAGGGUGCCCAACACACAAGUGGAAUCACAGAAUGCCUCCCCUAAGCAAAGGAAGCAGAGUGUGUACACACCACCCACCAUGAAAGGGGUUAAGCAUCUGAAAGGCCAGAAUGAGCCAGCGUUCCCUGAAGAAGAAGAAGGCGUCCAUGAGAGAGAGGAGCAGUUGGACCAUUAAUUGCCCGGCUGCAGCAAGAAGGCUUCUUGGGGAUAAUGGAACUAUUAACUUUUUGGGAUAUCCCGUGGAACCCCACUGCUUGACUUGCAGAAGCAUCCUCCAUCUCUGCACUCCACACUCUCACAGUAUUACCCACCUCCUGGAAGCCUCCUUGACUGAACUUUAGAACUAAGUACAAAUAGUUCCACAGCAGUUACAAUUAAAGAAUAAGCAUUCAUUGUACAGCAAUUCUUUUCUUUUUAACUAGGUAGAAAUUUGCAGAAAUGUGACUGUUCUCACUUUAAUACUGCCAGAGCUUAAUCCCCGAUGUCCUACUGAAGAGGUUUGCAUUCUAAGGUCAAAUGUAAAUAGUAUCACUUUAAGAGUAAAAAAUAAAUAUUAAGUACAUUUA